AUGACUGAGAAUACGGUCCAAUCAGCGACCGCCAGACGGCGAAAAUGGUUUCAAUCACUCCCGGAAGCUAGGAGACUCGAGAUAAGGGCCAAGGAUAGGUUAAGAAAAAAGAAAGAACGUGCUAUGAAACGAGCGUACCGCAAUGGACUUGUGCAGGACGCCUCACUACCACCUCAGGACGGUCCGUCGACGGAUAUGGAGAUGAACGUUGAUUUUCAGGAGGAAAGUGAUACACAUCAAAUUGACUCAACACGCCCACGUCAGAAUCGUGUAUCAUUCUCCGGGAUUGUGCAAGUCGACAGUGACGAAUCCGACGGGGAACGUGAUGGACCGUCAGACGCUCCUGAUUUUGAGUGUUAUAUUGCUCCACCAGAUGUACAGAUGGAUCAUCAAGAUUCAAAAGACAUGACCGUCGGUAUAAUUGGACGGAAAGUACACGAACAAUCAGGUACGGUACGAUGGCAGGACGGAAGGAUAACUGUCCUGCCUACUAUAAUGAAGAACGGUGUCAACAUUUGCGAAUCCGGGGACGUUGAAGUGGUAAAAUUCUUCGCAUCGUUACAGGAGUCCACUCAGCUAUCACAGCAUGUCCUACACCUAUCCGCCGCCGAUAUGCAACGCGACGACAUCGUGGAAACUAUCGAAUUUGCAUUGCGUGACAAUAAACCCGUGGUAGUUCGGGGGAAUGCAAUAAACGCACCGUCAGAGAUAACUACAGAAUGGCUCGACCGCAAGUUUGGAAUAAGUCCAGACAUGCCUGUGUCCAUUCACGAUGCCGAGGCGCGUGUUGCGGACUCUGCUCAUCCUCACAAGGCUGGCACAAUAUCGAUGCUUGUGGAUGGUAUGAGUGACCCGACGAAGAUUCAAUGCGUUCUAGACCUUCCGUAUGCCGGUGUCAGAAAUCUCGAUCACGGAAGACGGUUUGGUUGGAGUCAGACAAGCCAACAGUGCCCUAUUUACGAGGCAGUACAUCCUGACAACUUUAUCUCACACUUCUGGGCGCUUCUGCAUCAAGCUGGAUACGUUUCAUUCGCUCAUCACGAUGCUGACGGUGUCGCAACAUACGUUCGGAUCGAGUCAGGGGGGAAAAUGUGGAUUUUCUUUCGACUCAAGUCCCAGAAAGGUGGGCGUACAGCUUACGCAAACGCGAUGAUGAAGCUCGUGGACUAUCCCAAUAACAAGGAGGAGGUGCGCAAGUUGUGGGAUGCAGAAGUGGUGUAUCUGGGUCCCGGAGAUUUUGUAAUCCAGCCACCUGGACAGGUUCAUGGGGCUUACACCCCCGUAGAAGGCUUUGCGACAGGUGGUUCUUUCUACAACCUCGCAUCGAUGCAUCAUUCUGAGAGGGCCCGUUACAUGGACCGCAAGAAAGCCGAAUUUCUCACAAAUCAGACCCACGCAUACUCUUACGCGCUAGAGACGAUGAGGAGAAUUGCGAUCGCUAUUCCGCAUAUAUCCAAACGAAUACCUCUGUAUCGACGUUCAAUCCUCAGCCUCUGUCUUAUGGUUAUUAAAUGCCAGGAUUACGUUGCAGCUGACGCUGUACAACGCAAUAUAAUGCCUUCAGAGACUGCGGUCCUCGCCGAGGCCAUCUGCAAGAGCAUCGUAUCAUUUCUUGGCAUAAAGAACGUUGGAAGCAUCUCUAUGACGCUGUUCAGAGACAGGCAGGACAUUGCAGGCGAUCCUGUGGACAGAGACAUGUUAUGCACGCAUUUAGAACUUUUCAGAGUAUUGGACGUGUAA